GGUGUAUCAGUGAAAACAUUUGAAUUCAGUCAGAUAACAGCAAUAAAAUAUGUCACAAUGUCUGUUGUGUACAUAGAGAUAGCGCCAUGUUGCUGAUAAAGCUGACUUGAACACUGAACGUCUCGCCUGACCAGGUGUACAUGUCAAGAGAGACAGCACAUCUAAAUUGCGACUGGGAGCGUGUACCUGCCACGAAAAGAAAUAUAACUGGAGAAAAGAGAGAUAUUGAUCCCAGGAGCCAUGUCUCUGUCCAAAAUCCUGACGGAAGAUUUCCUAACGUGCAGCAUAUGUCUCGAAAAGUUCAAAGAACCCAAGGUCCUCGGCUGUACUCAUACGUUUUGCCAGCAUUGCCUCCAAGACCAUUUGGACAAAAAUUUCAAAGGUCAGCCUCGCUUCCCUUGUCCUAUCUGUAGACGUCAGUGUGACCUCCCUAGGGGCGGUGUAAGUUGUUUACAAAAAAACCAUCUUCUAGUAAGCAUAUCAUACACACUUGGUCAAGUAGAACAAGCGAAAGAUGCCAAGAAGUGCGAAGUAUGUUGUCUGAAAAAUGUCCGCAAUCCACCAACGGCAACGAAACGUUGUUUGAACUGCGAGGAAAGUAUAUGUGGAAAUUGCUCUGAGGACCAUGUACUUCAUAAGUUAAAUCGUGAACACAAAUUGUUUCCAGUCGACCAGAUUGACAGCGACGAAUACGUGGCAGAGCUGCGUGCCCGACAAAACGCACUUUGUGACCACAACAACAAGGAGCCCGUAGAAAUCUUCUGUCCAGUGUGUAAAAAGUACAUCUGCGCCACUUGUAUGUUUUUAGAACACCAAGGUCAUGAUUGCCUUAGGAUCGAAACUGCUGCCGACAAACGCAAGAAAGAACUACAGCUCCGCGUGAGACCCAUCGAGAAGAAAAGUCGACUCUUUGAUCAGUUCAAAAGUGCUGUUGAAUUCCAAAAAGCGUCAGUAAAAUAUGGAAGAGCGAAAGCAAAGGAUGAAGUAAACAAACAGUUGGAGCUUAUUAUUAAGAUGAGCCGUCAAUGUGCCAAGGAUCUUUUGGAAGAAAUAGAUGCCAAGUCGAACGCCAAAUUAGACAUUUUAAACGGUUUAAUCGAAACUGCUGCCGCCAACCAAAACCAACUGGACAACGUUAUAGAGUUCUCCAGAAAGCUUAUUAACCAUGGGAACGAUAUGGAUGUCUUGCAAAUGGCCUCCGCCUGUGAGCAAAGCAGUGAGAGCGUUCAGACUAUCGACAUCCCGACCCUACCAGCAGCUAUGACCCAGCUACAGCUUAUCACCAACGACAUGGAGCUGUGCGUUUCCAAUAUCAACAGUUGCCUUGGAGACGUGGUUCCCGCUGUGAGUGGAAGACUGGUGGCACCAUUCAAAGUAGAACUGAGCCUGUCUCCUGACGAGGCUAUCAGUCACGUGACCACUGAUGCAAAUGGUGACAUCAUUGUUGGUAUUUGGUGUAAUGGUGACAAGUCACGGAAUAUAAUCCACAUCUACGAUAGUACCUUUAUCCUACAGGGCAAAAUUUCAAACCCAAGACUAGGAAAAGAGGAUGGAUUUGGUGGGACUGCCAUUGAUCAUGACGGUAAUAUCGUCACUAGAUGCCGAGAGUCAAAUGAAAUCAUCGUCUUCACCAAGACAGGAAACCAAGUAAGAACAUUCCACAGUGAGUUACCAGAAGCAGUAGCGGUCAACAGUAAGGGUCACUAUGUAGUGGCUGGUUACAGUACUCUGACCGUGUACCACAAGAAUGGAAAGGUCCUGCAGGCAAUACCAGACCGACAGGGAGAUUAUCACAAAUACAUCCACUGUGGCGCGAAUGAUGACGUCAUCGUCACAGAUCAAGAAGAUCACAUCCGUGUGUACGAUUCCACUCUCCAGCUUAAAUACAGAUACGGUACCCUGGGUGAUGGGGAAGGACAGGUGGACAGUCCAUGCGGUAUGUGCUGUUUGGAUAAUGGAGACAUCAUUCUAGCAGACAUGAAAAACCAUCGUCUACACUUGGUGUCACCAGAUGGUGAAUUCAAGCAGUUUCUCUUGAACAAAGAAAAUGGACUUUGCAAGCCGAAAGAUGUUACUAUAAAUCGUCUCGGACAACUGGUCGUUGUGGAAAGAUGGGGCGACAUUAAAUUUUUUGAAUUAUGAGUGAUUACUAUGCUUACAAUUGACUCUAAAUCAAUAUUUUAGAUAUAGACAAUAUACGGAAUAUACAACAUUGGUCAAAAAGGUUGUCCCACCC